CUUUACAUUUCGCACUUCUUCUUGCUCGCAUCCUCCAUAACCCGUUCUCGACACUCAUCAACUGCGUCCUCUGACAUCGCCCUGUUUUUCGCACUGGGACCAGCCUCGACAUGUCCCGUGUGCCUUCAGGCUCUCAGCAGCCACAGUACACACAGCAGCCGCUCUAUCACCCAUCCUCCGUCCACUCUCAAUCGACACCCAUACAACAAACUCAUCAGCAAUAUCAUCCUCAUACAGGCCAGCCAAUGACCUUCCAAGGCGAUGCUCACGCGUACUCCUACGACAGGCAGUCUCAGAUAAAUACAUGGCAAGCAAAUCCAGGUGCGGCCGGUAGUAUGGAAUACCACAGUGCCGUUGCUGGUUCUUCGCGUGGAGCCGACCCGUACCAGCCUUAUUCCCAGUCUCAUCGCUCCUCACCAUCCCAAUCUGUGACGGCAAGUCGAACACAACCUGCCUCAGCUCAACAAUACACCCCUUGGGCACCUGUGCAGACGAGUGCAACAACGCCAUCCAGCCGAGGAGGUGGGGUUAAGCUGGAAGAUUUGAUGAGUAGCGACUCGCGUGCUGGUGGGAAAAAUCAGCCUUUAUCGGGUAUCCCCCUCAGCGUCUCCGCAUCUUUUGAUACACGAUCACAAUUUAGUGCAGGUCCUCAGGGUGCCAGCGCAGAAAAGGAAAAAGACAAGGAAAGGGACAAGGCGACCCAGCAACAAGGGCCUUCAGAAUUCAUCAAAAAACUAUACAAGAUGCUGGAAGAAGAACAGGCGCAAUACGGAAAUAGUCGGACAAAGAAGGGAGAAAAGGGAAAGAGAGGUUCAGUGGGUUGGGGAGCAAAUGGGACAAGCUUUGUGGUAUGGGAUAUGAACGACUUCACUACGAAAAUCCUGCCGCAGACCUUCAGACAUUCCAAUUUCUCUAGUUUUGUGCGACAGUUGAAUAAAUAUGGCUUUUCCAAGAUAAAGCACGUCGAUGCUGGAACGGGUUCCAUCAAGGAAAAUAUUUGGGAGUUUCAACAUCCGAAUUUCCAGGCUGGCGGUAAAUCAGAUCUUGAGAGUAUCAAACGCAAACCCGUGGCGCCCAAGAAGGCGAACAACCAAGAAGGAGAUGAAAAUUCUCCUCGUCAUAUUGGUCUGAGCAAUGAAGAUCAGACCCGUAUGCACUUGAUGGAAGACAGGAUCAAUAUGCUAGAGGAUGCACUCGCGAAAUCUAGGUCGGAAGCGGACGAGGCUAGAAUGCGUGAGAUGGCGAUGAUGGGUUUGGUAAGAGAUAUGAUUGGUCAUAUCGCCGCCAGCGAAAGCGAAGCGAUAGGAUCACCGGCAGCUACGACCGGCCAUUCCCCUCGGGUGCUGCAUCUUCUCAAAUCCCUAGACAACCUCGCGAGAGCGUACCCGCCCGAAAUGUACCACAGCAACAUUGCUCGACAACCAACGACGAUGCCUUACACCCCCGCCCAACCUCAAAGUCACCAGUCCUUUCUGAAUGCUGCAUACAACCCAGCUUUCAGCGGUAACAGUGUCGGCGGCGCGGUUCAAGCACAAGCAUCUCCUCAUACAGAUGGUACAGGAAGUCGAGGGAGCUUUAGCGGGCCAAGCACAGGCGAGAUCAAGCCUCCUGCAUCUUCUUCCCGCCUUCGAGCGGCUUCUAACGCCGGCGCCGCUCCGUCUGGUAGCGUAAACGCUUCUGUGCCUCUGGCGAGCCAGCCCUCUGGCAACCCGCCUGCGGGUCCUGUUGCACGCGCUGAAGAUCCUGCCGAAGAUGUCAUCGAGAUCCCUAACCAGAUGCAAGACAUGUACGGCGGCGAGUCUGUCGGUAUCGCUCCCCUUUUUGUAGAGACACCUGCUUGGUUGACCGAAGGCACGACGGUUCCUCUCACGAUGUACAGAAAACAAAGUGAUGGACAAGUCUUGAAAGCUGUUUACCAAGCGUUUGCAGCUGGGGGAAAAUUACCUGCUGGCGAAGGGCAAGACGAGGAUGGAAAUGCGAUCGCGUCAGGAUCCAGUACGAGCGCGGCUGAAAUCAUGGCAGGCUCAAGCCAGAUGGGUCUUCAGCAAUCUUACGGCGCUGGUUCAAGUACCUCCACUGGUAUCCCUCUUCCCAUGGACGGUUCACCAUCUAGCGAGAGCAGUUCCCGCAAGGGCAAGGGCAAGAAGUCUCGCGGAACAAGUCUUAAAGAACAACGUGAAUCCAAGCUCAAGCCGCAUUGGGCCCAGACGCCCAGAAUUCUUGUCGUUGAGGACGAUAUUGUUUACCGAACGCUAUCGAAGAAGUUUUUGCAGAAGUUUGGCUGUGAGACGGAGACAGUAGAGAAUGCGCAGGGUGCGGUGGAUAAAAUGAACGGGACAAAAUAUGAUUUGGUGUUGAUGGACAUUUUCUUUGGGCCUAAUAUGGAUGGACGAAAAGCUACCUCCUUGAUUCGACAGUUCAAUAACUAUACCCCUAUUAUUUCUAUGACUUCCAAUGCUCAACCCCAGGACGUGGAUUCUUACUAUCAAUCGGGUAUGAA